UUACGCUCUAAUAUCACUCGUUCUCUUGAGAAAUUCCUAAACGAAAAAAGGCGGGUUUCUAUUGAUUCGGGUGCGAGUGACACUUUUGCAAAGGUACGCCACUUUUCACUACACUGAAACGUUCUCUAAACAAAAAAUGCUGGCCGCCACUUUCAAAGCUGUAAACUGCAGUAGGUCCGUCCAUAACUGGCAGAAGGUUUUGCCGAUUAGGAGAUUUUCAACGGAGCCUUUCCAGCCAAUCCCGGGACGAGUCCCCAAGAAGGUUGACAAUGCAGAGGAGGCGGUAUCCUAUGUUAAGUCAGGCAUGAGAGUCUACAUCCAUGGAUGUGCUGCCACCCCCAUUGUCUUAGUCGAUGCCCUGGCGAAGUAUGGCAAGAAGGCCAACUUGAGAGAUGUUAACAUCAUCCAUAUACACACUGAAGGGCCUGGUACCUAUGCCAGGGAAGAAUACAAAGACCACUUCAGAAGUAACUCCCUAUUCAUCGGUAGCAACAUGAGGGAGGCAGUCAACUCUGGCAGGGCUGACUUCACCCCCAUCUUCCUUAGCGAAAUUCCUCUCCUCUUUAGACGCAACAUCGUGUCACUGGAUGUGGCCCUAAUUACCGUUUCGCCACCGGACCAACACGGGUUUUGCUCGAUGGGGACGAGUGUGGAUUGCACGAGGGCCGCCCUCCAGAAGGCUGAUUAUGUUGUCGCCCAGGUGAACAAGUUCAUGCCCCGAACCUUUGGUGACAGUAGCAUUCACAUGUCGCACUUUGACGUCAUGCUGGAGGCUGACCUUGACCUUCCGAAAAUUCACACCGGCACCCCCUCAAAAGAAGAGCUUAUGAUUGGUCAGCUGAUUGCAGAUAAUUUAGUUGAAGAUGGUGCUACACUUCAGAUGGGGAUUGGCUCAAUCCCAGACGUGGUCCUCUCGAAACUGACCAAUCACAAGGACCUUGGAGUGCACUCUGAAAUGUUCAGCGACGGAGUCGUGCCCCUGGUCGAGUUGGGCUGCAUAAAUAAUUCGCUGAAAAAUGUUCACCAGGGCAAAAUUGUCGGAAGUUUUGUCUUCGGCACUCGAAGGCUCUACGAUUUCAUCAAUGAUAACCCGGCCGUUGCGAUGCACGACGCUCAGUUCGUGAACAACCCCGUCGUCAUUUCACGUAAUCCGAGGGUCACGGCCAUCAACUCCUGUAUCGAGAUCGACCUCACGGGCCAGGUUGUAUCUGAUUCAAUUGGAACAAAAAUGUACUCAGGCGUCGGUGGGCAAGUUGAUUUCCUGAGAGGCGCUACCAUUGGCUACGACGGUCUGGGAAAACCCAUUUUAGCCAUGCCUUCAUCAACCAAUAAAGGGGUAUCUAAGAUUGUACCGUUUCUGAAAGAAGGUGGCGGUGUGGUGACCACACGAGCGCACGUGCACUAUGUGGUGACGGAGUUCGGGAUAGCCUACCUUUUCGGCAAAACUUUGAGGCAGAGGGCCUACGAACUCAUUAAGAUCGCCCACCCCGACCAUCGGGAAGAACUCGAGAAGGCCGCCUUCGAAAGGUUAAAGGUCAUGCCCUCGCCCUAAUGAAGAAGAUGAGGAUGGUGAAGUUGAUGAGGAUGGUGGAGAUGAAGAAGAUGGUGAAGUUGAUGAAAAUGGUGGAGAUGAAGAAGAUGGUGGAGUUGACGAAGAUGGUGAAGUUGAUGACGAUGUUUAAGAAGAAAGGAAGAAGAAAAAAAAUGAUUGUUUUAAUGGCGGUAAGAAUGAUAGUUAUGUGCGAUGGAGUUUGAGAUUAGUUCAUACACGCGUUUGUAUCUUUGUUUUUAUGAUUUUAUGUGUGUGUGUGUGUGUGUGUGUGUAUGCAAAUGUAUGUAUGCAUGUAUGUGUGCAUACGUAUGUUGUGUGCGUAUGUAUGUAUGUCUGUGUGUAUGUAUGUAUGUGUAUUUGUAUGUAUGUCUGGAUGUUGUACAAGUCUAUUUAUUUUAUCAUUAUAUUGGUUUUAACCUUUUAGUUUCUCAUUUUACCUGAAAAUUAUUUGCAGAUUUGUAAAACAUUUAAUAAUAAUAUUAAUAAUAUAAUAAUAAUUAUCCGGCUAACAUAUAUACAUACGAAGAUUUGAUUGAUUGUGAGUUAUUUGUGGAAUUAAUAAUACCUUUACUUUACUUUAUUAUUAUUAUUUAUUAUUAUAAUUAUUAUUAUUUUUAUGGUCUAGUAGUCAUGUUUUUAGAUUUCUGAAUCUGAUUUUUAAAAAAUUAUUUCGUUUUUUCUUUUACUUUUUGAAAGUUUAUUUAUUUGGGGUUUUAUUUCGUAAGAAAAUCAAUCAAUCAAUAUUUUAUUCUUUCAUUUGAUCGUUCAUUCAUUCAUUCAUUCAUCCAUUCAUUCAUCCAUUCAUUCAUCCAUUCAUUCAUCAAUUCAUUCAUUCAUUUUUUACUGAUUGAUUAUAACUUGUUAUAUGAUAUAUUUUUGAAAGGUCUUUCGUAGCUACUUUGGUUAUUAUUAUCAUUUGUAGUAGAACUUUUCUUAGAAAUAAUAAUAAUAAUUAUUAUUAUAAAAUUAUAAUAAUAAUUAUUAUUAUAUAAUAAUAAUAAUUAUUAUUGUUAUUAUUAUUAUCUUACAAAAGUAUAGUUACGUAAUUACAAUGUGGUUUUAUUCUUUUGUUACCAUAGUUACUACUACAACCCUUGUUUUUAAACGCAUGUGAUGUCUUUAUUCUUUUAUUCUUGUAUUUAUUUUAUUUAUUCAUUCGUUCGUUCGUUCGUUCAUUCGUUCAUUCAUUCAUUCAUUCAUUCAUUCAUUCAUUCAUUCAUUCAUUCAUUCAUUCAUUUAAUCGUCUAUUUAUUUGUCUUCAAAUACGAUACAUGAAAUAAUAAUAAAAAUUGGAAUCAGU